GCAGCGAACGCUACAUAAAUGUAAGCGAAUUGUGAACAUCCGAUCACCAUCAUCGAAAAGGAAAAAGACAGUAUUUUCUCAGACCAAUAUUUCGUCUGAUUAAUAAUGGUAGUCACUAUGUUUGCAUUAAUGUUUUAAAUUGCAUGGAACGUUCGACUGUAGAACUCGAGUACUACCAGAUUUUUUGAAAACCGAAGGACCAGAAGAUGCUAGCUAGCUGUCUAGCAUUUGCUGGGCAUCACAUCAUAUUACAUCAGCGUAGGCAGCGUAACGCAAGCUAAUGUAAACAUAGUUUGGUAUUGUUGGUGAGCUAUAAAUUGGCUGAUAUAACACUUGUUUAAGUCGCCAUUGAAAUCACUGAAAUGGCAGGCGAUGAAGAUGAUUAUAUGUCAGAUGCCUUCCUCAAGCAGAUGGAAGAAGUGAGACCAGGCAUGCCCAUGGUGAAACGAGUGAAAGAUGCAAUAAAAAGGGAAGCCUCGCACAAGGAAAAAAAUGAAAAGAACCGUCAGAAGACCUACAAGGAGCAGGAGCAGGAGAGUCGCGAGGCCGUGCUGCACAACAGCAUCAGCAAUGAAAAUCGAGGCUUUGCGAUGCUACAGAAAAUGGGCUACAAAGCUGGCCAAGGGCUGGGAAAACAUGGGGCAGGACGAGUUGAACCUAUUCCACUGAAUAUCAAAACGGAUCGCGGUGGUAUUGGAAUAGAGGAAGUGAAGAAGCGGAAGGCGGAGGAGCGGCUGGAGCACUAUCGACGCAAGGUGCAGGUGAAGCAGCACACCGAGAAGCAGUCCCUGGAGGACUACAGGGCGAGGAUGAGGACGGAGAGGGAGGAGAGGCAGGCGGAAGGGGAUCUCCGGAGGAGCCAGAGGGCUUGCGAGCAGCUGGACAGCCAGAAGUGCAUCGGUGUCCCAAGGGAGAGCUGGUACUGGCCGGAGGCUAACCAUGAUAAAGAGGAAGAGGAAGAGGGCGACAGAGAUCCUGAAGCCAAGCAAGAGAGCGAAGACAAUGAGGAAGAGGAGCUGAGUUCUCUGGACAAGUUGCAGAUUUUGACAUCGUACCUAAGAGGCGUGCAUUUCUACUGCAUAUGGUGUGGGACCAUGUACAAUGACGAAGAGGAUUUGACAUCAAACUGUCCAGGUGACACAGCCAUGGACCAUGACUGAAUAGGCCAGUGUCCUGGAACCUCAGGAACGUCCCUGUCAUUAUGUUGCCAAGUGAUUCGUUAUGUUGCUAAGGGAUCCUGAGUACCGACUGGUCUAAACUGAAACUGUUUCAAUUGGCUCGUAUCAGACACACUGUAUAUACCAACAAUGUAUUUCAUAGUAUUUUGUCGAAUAGCUCUUCUGCUUUAGUAAUGUUAUUAAAAAGAAUUAAAUAGCUGUAGUCUAAUUUGGUGUCUGCCUUGAAUAGAAAACUAAAGUUAAUGUAUUAAGGGAGAAUUGUUUUUGUAAAUUAAAGGUUUUCUCCUAAUGAAUGUUUAAUCUUCAA